CAAGAACGUCAAGCGUGGCAAAGGUGAGGAUUUCCCAUCGAGAAAUAUUCGAAGUUCGGGAUUAGUUCAACGUCUCUGAAAACUUUCAAAUUAAACUAUCGUAAUUUGGUAUUUACUUACGCCAUGUAAUUUUAAAGCCUCGAAAAGGACACUUUAAUAAAUUGUGAUUAAUCAGGCGUUCGUUUUGUGUUGACACUGACCUGUGAUUCUGAUAUCGGAGUGGACUGAAAGAAAAAUUUGGAUUCUAAUUAUUGUAGGAAGAUGAGUAGCUCAGAGGAGCAGUCAUGGAUUGCGUGGUUUUGCGGUUUGCGAGGGAACGAGUUCUUUUGCGAGGUGGACGAGGUCUACAUCAACGACAAGUUCAACCUGACGGGGCUCAGUGAGCAGGUGCCGCACUACAGGCAAGCGUUGGACAUGAUACUGGACCUCGAGCCGGAUGAUGACCUGGACGAUAAUCCGAACCAGGCGGAUCUCGUGGAGCAAGCCUCCGAGGUGCUCUACGGACUCAUACACGCGCGAUACAUAUUAACCAACAGGGGCAUAGGACAAAUGUUAGAAAAACAUGAAGCCGGCGACUUCGGCCUCUGCCCGCGGGUCUACUGCGAGACCCAUCCAAUGUUGCCACUUGGUUUAUCAGACGUCCGCGGCGAGGCGAUGGUGAAGCAAUACUGCCCCAAAUGUAUGGACGUGUACACGCCGAAGUCGUCGCGGCACCGGCACACGGACGGCGCGUACUUCGGCACCGGCUUCCCGCACAUGGUGUUCAUGGUGCACCCCGAGUACCGGCCCAAGCGGGCCACCGUGCAGUUCGUGCCAAGGUUAUACGGCUUCAAGAUUCAUCCGCUAGCGUACCAGUUCCAACUGCAAGCGUCGAGCGUGUUCAAGACGUCGGGUAAAUCCCUGACAUCCAAACGUUAG